AUGUCCGGUGUUACGGCAGUCCCUGGGACUGGCCCUGAGGUGGCUGUGUCGGUGGAUGGAGCUAGCGUGCGGACGGCCCGGCGGUCGCGGCCUCUGUCGCGCUUAUCGCCAAGUCCGGUUCGACACGGUGAGAGGCGAAGUCGGUGGAGUCGUGAGAACAGAGGUGCCGGAGCUGCGGUGGCGACGUCCCCAGCGCUGGAAGGAGGUCAGCGGAGAAGGUCCCGGCCGGUCGGAGAGGGCCCAAAAUGGCGGCGAGGAAGAUGGUGCCGGCAUCACCGGAAGAUCGCGCAGUCCGCGCGCUUCUCUUCUGGCUCCACAGGAAAUAACGUUGGCACGCACGGCACGUAG